CUCUGCCUCCUGAGUGCUGGGAUCAAAAAUCCCAUCUGUUUCUUACUCCUAGUAUUCACCUCUCUGAAGACGCAUCGUUCUUCCUUAAGACACAAUGGCAUCAUUCUUUUCUGAUUUUGGCCUUAUGUGGUACUUGGAAGAGCUAAACAAGAAAGAAUUCAUGAAGUUUAAGGAAUUCUUCAAACAGGAGAUUUUGCAGUUGAGGCUGAAACAGAUUUCUUGGACCGAAGUGAAGAAGGCAUCUCGUGAAGACCUUGCCAACUUACUGUUAAAACAUUAUGAAGAGAAGCAAUCCUGGGAUAUGACCUUCAAAAUCUUCCAGAAGAUGAAUAGGAAGGAUCUCAUNGAGAGGGCAGGAAGAGAGAUUGCUGGACACUCCAAGUUCUAUCAAGCUCACUUGAAGAAGAGGCUGACCCAUGAUUAUGCCAGAAAGUUUAACAUCAAAGAUCAAGAUUCCCUUAAGCAGAAAUUUACCCAGGAUGACUGUGAUCAUUUUGAGAACCUUCUUGUAUCAAAGGCGACUGGAAAGAAGCCACACAUGGUGUUCCUGCAAGGAGCGGCGGGAAUUGGCAAGUCACUGAUGUUGACAAAGUUAAUGAUUGCCUGGUCAGAAGGCGUGGUGUUUCAGAACAAAUUCUCCUACAUCUUCUACUUCUGCUGUCAAGAUGUGAAGACGUUGAAGAGAGCAAGCCUGGCAGAAUUGAUCUCCAAAGAGUGGCCCAGCCCCUCAGCUCCCAUAGAGGAGAUCNUANCCCAACCNGAGAAACUCUUAUUUGUCAUCGACAGCUUGGAAGUGAUGGAAUGUGAUAUGUCCGAACGGGAGUCGGAGCUGUGUGAUAGCUGCACGGAGAGGCAGCCGGUGGCUGUACUGCUGAGCAGUUUGCUCAGGAGGAAGAUGCUCCCUGAAUCCUCUCUCCUCAUCUCUGCUACCCCAGAGGCUUUUGAGAAAAUGGAGGACAGGGUUGAGUGCACAAAUGUGAAAAUAGUAACAGGAUUCAAUGAGAGCAAUAUUAAGUUGUAUUUCCGCAGCUUGUUCCAAGAUAAGACCAAAACCCAGGAAAUCUUCAGUUUGGUGAAAGAAAACCAGCAGCUGUUCACUGUCUGUCAGGUCCCUGUGCUCUGCUGGAUGGUGGCUGCCUGUCUGAAAAAAGAGAUAGAGAAGGGAAGAGACCCAGUCUCCGUCUGCCGACGUACCACCUCCCUGUAUACCACUCACAUCUACAAUUUGUUCAUUCCCCAAAGUGCCCAUUCUCCAAGUAAGAAAAGCCAAGACCAGCUGCAGGGCUUGUGUUCUCUGGCCGCUGAGGGCAUGUGGGCUGACACAUUUGUGUUUAAUGAGGAGGCUCUCAGGAGAAAUGGGAUCAUGGACGCUGACAUCCCCACACUGCUGGAUAUAAGGAUCCUUGAAAAGAGCAAGGAAUCUGAAAAAUCUUACGUUUUCCUCCACCCNUCUAUCCAGGAGGUCUGUGCAGCCAUCUUUUAUCUGCUAAAGAGCCACNUGGACCACCCUAGCCAGGAUGUUAAAAGUAUAGAGAUGGUCAUGUUUACAUUUCUAAAGAAAGUCAAAGUACAGUGGAUUUUUUGGGGCUCUUUCAUCUUUGGCCUUUUACAUGAAUCAGAACAAAAAAAGCUAGAGGUGUUUUUUGGCCUGCAGUUGUCCCAGGAAAUAAAGCAUCAGUUGUAUCAGUGCCUGGACACCAUAAGUGGCAAUGAAGAGCUUCAAGAGCAGAUAGAUGGCAUGAAGUUAUUUUACUGUCUGUUUGAGAUGGACGAUGAAGUCGUCUUAGUACAAGCAAUGAAGUGUAUGGAACAGAUUAACUUUGUGGCUAAGGAUUAUUCUGAUGUUAUUGUUGCUGCCCACUGCUUAAAACACUGUUCGACACUGAAGAAACUAUCCUUCUCAACCCAAAAUAUUCUGAGUGAAGGUCAAGAACACAACUAUACGAUCUCACUAUGUAGCUGUGGCAAGUCUGGAACUCUAAUAUCCACCUGCCUGUCUGCAGAGUCCUGGAAUUAAAGGCAUGUGC